CAUUAUACCAAUGAUUGCAGGUAUUUUAUGUUAUGUUACUAUGGCAACCACACUGAAUACUGCUACUGUCAGUACUACUACUGAUGAUAAAAUAAUGCACAUUUCAUAUAGAAUUAAAGAAGAACUCCCUAAUGGUACAUUGAUUGGUAAUUUAUUCAAAGAUGUGGUAGAAUUAUAUAAGAAGUUUAAAUUGACUGCCGUAUCACUGUUGCAUUCAGUUAAACAAAUGCGAAAAUUCGAAUUGAACACAUAUGACACCGAUUUAAAACGAGUGAAUCAAUAUUUCAAAUUAGAUCAAAACACAGGGAAUUUAUUUAUACAAAAAUCUAUUGAUUAUGAGACAAUAUGUCCAAAAGGCUUAGCCUAUCCCACUAUUUCAACACCUAUAGCGUCAACAUCAUCGUCCCUUACUCCCAAGCAACUGACUACCGCUGAUUUUGACAAUUUGAAAUUAAAAGUUAAUCCAAAAAUGAAUGAUGAUUGUAUCAUCAAAUUGAUUUUAUUUGUAAGUUUAAAUAAUUCAAUCGAUGAACGAUGGAUACCAAUUAUUGUGCAUAUUGAUGAUGUGAAUGACAACCGACCUGUGUUCCUGGAAGUCACUUCACCUAAAUGGUCAGGAUUCUUUCACAUACCAGUUGAAGAGAAUACACCUACGGGGACACAACUCCCUCUGGUCAAAGCCUUUGAUGCUGACAGUGAUUUGAAAAACUCUGAAAUUAUAUAUAAACUUCAAUUUGAUGGACCAGAAUUGUUUAGCCUAAAAACAACAGGUUGUUUCAUCAAAGAAAUCAGUAGUCAUGGUGAUAAGACAAUGAUGACACGGAGCACUGGAAUUACGCAUAAUCUACCCUGUCUAGUUGUCAUGGCCCAAUUGGAUUAUGAAACUGAGCCGAAAAUUUACUUUUUACAAUUGUUGGCUUGUGAAUCCGGUUACCCACAAUCGGAAUGUUCUUCUUUGCCUAUAAAAAUCGAAGUGAUCGAUAAAAAUGAUAACGCACCAAAAAUAAUCUUCCCACCGAAUGCUUAUCAUGUGGUAAAUAUAUCUGAGAAUCUACCAAUAGGUUCAGUGAUCUUAAAGAUUGAAGCAGUCGAUAAGGAUAGUGGUGAGAAUUCACGUCUCACGCAUAGUUUAACACAGAAUAAUCAUAACACUGGUGGUGGUGGUGGUGCAAGUGUUGGUGGAAAUCAGGAUAAUCAAUUUUCUAUCGAUUCAGAAAAUGGUGAAAUUCGUUUGACAAAGUCGUUGAAUGCUUAUGACACAUCGCAGAUUGAAGUCACUUAUCAUGUUUCAGAUAAUGGAUCCCCAGUGCAUAGAAUAUCACAGACGAUUUUAUUCAACAUAUUGGACGUGAACAAUCAUGCACCGAGUAUAGAGAUUAAAAAGGUUGGCUGCAGUAAAUUCACUGAACGCAUGAAUGAAAUUCAUGCAGCGUAUACUAUUGAAUCAGGUAGUCAUUUAGGCUUUAUUAUUGUAUCCGAUGGUGAUGUGGGCAGAAAUGGUCAAGUGAGUUGUACUCACCGAUUGGAGAAUUAUAAUGACAAUUGGAAUAGAAGAUAUUUAAAUGUGUUUAAAAUUAAUUUAGUGAGUAAUGGUCAAAUAGCAAAUCGAUAUUUGUAUACAUUACAAAUACUACGAGUUGACAAUGAAGACACGGACCAAACAUUAUUGGGCAAUGUGGAUGGAAAGAAUUCAGUGCCAAGUUUGUUGGCAGCCUCAGCUACCAUGGUGAUCACUUGUAAAGAUCAUGGUAUCCCAUUGGCGUUGACUUCAUCAACAAGUAUCACGAUUACACUGAGUGAUACACAAGAGACCGAGUUAUGCUUUGAACAGGCCAGUUAUCAGAUAACAGUGGAAGAAUCCAAUCAUCCAAUGGGUGGCCUUCUUCGACCUCAACUGUUAGAUCUUGUCAGUGGGGUGAGGUAUAGCUUACAUGCUAGAAACGAUCAGUUCAAUGCGGGUGGUGGUGGUGGUGGUGGGUGUGAUCAGCUCGAAAUCGAUCGGACAACUGGGGAAAUAUCAGCGCCAAACGGUGUUGACAGAGAGAAAUCGGCCUACAUUUCUUGUAUCAUUAAGGCAACUGAACAAGGAGUUUAUCAUGAGGGUGGUGGAGAGAUGCAGUAUCGAACUGCAAAUGCUGAAAUUCUUAUCAACAUAACAGAUAUCAAUGACAAUGAGCCUAGAUUGAUAGCUGAUAGCCUAUUGUAUGGAUUUGCAAUCUACGAAUGGGAUAUGUAUGCUUCGGCUUUCUCGAGUAAUGAUGACUACAACAGCGCUGGCGCUGGCGCCGGUGCCAGUGCGGAAGACAGUCAACCACAUGUAAUUGGUUAUCUGAAUGCAUUUGAUCAAGAUUUAGGCGAAAAUGGUACUGUGAGGUAUUUUCUACUACACGUGACUCCUGAAAAGAAUCAAAAAUCGAUUGAAAUGAGACAAAUGCUAAAUAAUGAAAUAAUCAAUAUGACUACUACUACUAGUAUUACUAAUUACAGAAGUGGCAAUCCUCGCUUAAAACCUGCAUUUCAUAUCGAUUCAACUACUGGACUAAUUAGUCUACCAAAAAGUAAUCAUCGAUUGAUCAAUAGGGAAGAUGUCAAUAUCUAUACCCUACAGAUAUUGAUUGAAGAUAUGGGUUCACCGAAAAAGCUGACCUCUGUACAGAACAUUAAAAUUCAUGUGACUGAUGUCAAUGAUAACCCGCCAAUCUGGUUACAAGCAAUCACUGUGAAUCGUAUUCAAGCAGCUAACAAAGCGAUUCUUCUUUAUCAGCUGGAACCAAUCUGGGAGAUAAAUCAAAAUUCACCAACUGAACUAAAAUCAAUCCUAAGAGCUAUUGAUUUUGAUUAUGGUGAUAAUGCUAGACUUGAAAUGUAUCUUAUUCAACCAAAUAGUAUAUAUAAAGAAUUUAUAGGAAUGGAUAAACUCAAUCCUCCAAUCAAUUCAUUACGAUUAUCCGCUCAUGGUGAAUUACACCUGGAUAUUGAUCGAUUAAAAGAGAAUUAUGAGUAUUGUGUAUUUGUACGUGUCCAAGAUCAAGGUAUACAACGUCAACUCUAUACAGAUGCCUAUUUUCUUUUACACUUACCAAUACAAACAAAAAAUCGAUUAGAAAUAUUGACAAAUUCAAUUUAUCAUCAAUUAAAUCAAUCAAUAGGUAAUUAUAGAAUGAAGCCAUUGAAUGGAAAUCAAUCCUUCGCCUCAUCAUCCUCAUUAUUAUUUGAUAAUAAUGUGGAUAAUUCACAAUUUGCUGGUGGGUUAAGUAAAAAGGGCAUUGUAAUUGUAUUGAUUAUAUCGAUUACCUUAGUGAUCAUUUUAUCUGUUAUUAUCAUAUUUAUAAUUAUAUUUAAAAUUAGAAAAUUUAAAAUCCAAAAAAUUCAAGCUACUUAUCAUAAUAAUAAUACUAGUUCUAAUGAUGGUAACAAUAAUAAUAAUAAUGUCUACAUGAAUGAUAAUCAGAUAAUGCCUAAUGAAUUCAUAUUACCGCAUGAAAAUCAAUAUUUAAAUCCAGUCCAGAAUUCAAAUGAUUGUAGUGGUAAUCAAUUAAUCUUAUCGAAUAAUUUGACAUUGACAACUGGGCUUACUACUACUGGUACUACUGUCACUCAUACUACUGAUUACCCUUAUAAGUAUUAUAAUGAUGAAAUGAGUAAAAAACAUGGAAUGCAAAUAAUGAAGUCUCAUAAAUCACAGACGUCAUCGUGUGAUGUACUUCUUCCGCAUAUAUAUGCUAAUUCAGCCAAUUCUUAUGAUUCUAACAAUAUCAAUAAUCAACUGUCUAGUUAUACUACUUACAAUACUACUGAUAAUGCUCUCACACCCGUUUAUAAUAGUAAUAAUAACAAUAAUGAUAAUAAUUAUUAUUACUAUCGACAACGCAAUGAUGUUUGUCAGUCGGAAGAGUGGUCGACACCGAAUGCCCUGAAAAAUCAUUAUGUUAUGCCUAAUGAUCCUUAUCAUCAAUUGACUUUACCGUCAAGAGGUAGAGGUGGAGGUGGGAGAGGUAAAUUAUCGAAGAUGUCUAGACUGACAACGACAACCAACAAUAAUAAUUACAAUACAUCAAUGAAUUAUUCACCGUAUCCUGUAUCGAUUCGAGGAAAUUACAAUCAAACGUUACCGAGACAGUUCUAAGAUGUACGCAUAUACAAAAACAGACAUAUCCUCACAGUCGCUUCUGAUAACACACACGUGCACAC